AUGGGGAAGCUGCAGGAAUUUGACAUCACUUUUACCAACAACAAGGUGGUCUACAGCCCCGGGGACUCUAUCACCGGGACCCUGAAGAUCCGGACCGGCCACUCGCUGCAAUAUAAAGCGAUCAAGGUGAACUGCCAAGGCUCAUGUGGCAUCUCCCACAAAAUGAACGAGGCGUCGUGGGCGGUGGAGGAGCAGUACUUCAACAGCACUCUGUCUGUGGCUGAUAAAGGGACGUUAUCACCCGGAGAGCACACCUUCCCCUUCCAGUUUCUCAUUCCAGCCGCGGUCCCCACAUCGUUCGAGGGACCGUUCGGGAAGAUCUUUUACCGCGUGAAGGCCGCCAUCGACACGCCGCGUUUCUCCAAAGACUACAAAGCCCAGCGCCAGUUUUACCUCCUCAACAUGCUGAACCUGAACAUUGUCCCCGCCAUCCAGCAUCCGAGUUACGCCGUGGUCACGAAGAAGUUCACGUACAUGUUGGUGAAGACGGGGACGCUGAUGCUGAAGGUGCACAGUGACCUGAGGGGCUACAUCCCAGGACAGGUCAUCAGACUGUCCACAGAGAUACACAACAAGUCUGGGAAGGACACGGGCUGUGUGCUGGCCAGCCUCAUCCAGAAGGUGACGUACCGGAGCAAGCGGCCGGUGAUGGACCUGCGCACCAUCGCGGAGGUGGAGGGCGCCGGUGUGAAGGCCGGGAAACACGCCGAGUGGAGGGAGCAGAUAAUCGUCCCGCCGCUGCCUCAGUCCGCUCUGGCUGGCUGCAGCCUCAUCCACAUCGAAUACUUCAUCCAGGUGUCGCUGAAAUCCCCCGACGCUGUAGUGACGCUGCCCAUCUACAUCGGGAACGUGGCGGUGGAGCAGUCGCCGUCCUUGCUCCCAGACCCCUCCUCCUGCAGUGGGAUCGCUCCAGCCCCCAGCGCUCCUCCCUGUGAGGACCACCUGGACGACCUGUGCACCGGCGGCAGUGAGGAGCUCCCCACCAAGAGCCACUCCCAGCAGGACUCCAGUGGACAGCCUGUGACCCCCGGAGCAGCUCUGCCCCCUGGUGGCCUGUAUCCUGACCUGUCCGCUCCAUUCUUCUGUUUGUCCACGGGGGCCACCAUCCCCUUCUUCACCGAGGGCAGCGACAUCACCCCCAUCCCCACCUCCUGCUCCCUCAUCCUGCCUCCAGAGUACAGCAGCUGGGACUUCCCUCAAGAACCUCCGCCCACCUACGAGGAGAGCUGCAGCGAGGCCGACCGCGCGCCCGUCAACAGCAGACAGUAG